GUGGCUUGGAAACACUAAACUCCGUCCGUUUGGAGCUCGGCCACUCCCCUUCACAACUAGACCAAUGCCCUUGGAGCUGUCUAAGCACUUCUCGUUUGGCGGCAAACGGGGUGACGAGUUGGUGACGCAUCGACCGCAUUCCCUCCAGUAGUCCAGUGAUCGCAUCGAAUCGAAAGUCGCCCCUGGUUUGUAAACAUGGCGGCUCUGGGAAAGAGGAAGCGUCCCGCCGAUCUGUUCGCCAACUCCCAAACACAGAAUAGCCGACUUAAUUCAUCAUCUAACACACAGGAUGAUAGGCACACGGCCGGGAAUAGCAAUGGAAGUGGAUUUGUGGAAGGAUCCAUCGUUCGAAUUACUAUGGAUAACUUCCUGAGCUAUAGCCACUCUGAAGUGAUUCCCGGGCCAAACCUCAACAUGAUAGUGGGACCGAACGGAACGGGCAAGUCCAGCAUCGUCUGCGCGAUCUGUUUGGGCCUGGCGGGCAAGACUGCGGUCCUGGGUCGAGGGGAUAAGGUCGGGUUGUACGUGAAGCGUGGCUGUACCAAAGGUUGGGUGGAAAUCGAGCUGUACCGGACGGCGGGUAAAUUUGUGGUCCGGCGGGAGAUCCAGGUGGAGAACAACACGUCGGCGUGGACCAUCAACGGCCACCAUGCCACCCAGAAGGCCGUGGAGGAGGAGGUGAAGGCCCUGCAGGUGCAGGUGGGGAACCUGUGCCAGUUUCUGCCCCAGGAGAAAGUUGGGGAGUUUGCCAAAAUGAGCAAGAUCGAGCUGCUGGAAGCCACCGAGAAAUCGAUCGGACCUCCGGAGAUGUACGAGUUUCACUGCAAGCUCAAGAGCUUUCGAACCCAGGAGAAAGAAAUGGAGAACGUGUGUAAGGAGAAGGCCAGCUUCCUGGAGAAAGUCACGCAGAGGCACGAGAGGCUCAGGCAGGACGUGGAGCGCUACUACGAGAAGAAGAGACACCUGGACACGAUCAAGAUGCUGGAGUACAAGCGGCCGUGGGUGGAGUACGAGACGGCUCGGCAGGAGAUGGUGGGGGUGAAGAGCAACAGAGAGGAGGCGAAGAAGAAGCUGAAGACGCUGAAGGAGUCCCAGGCUCCCGUCCUGCGCAGAAUCCAGGCCCUCGAUGGCCAGCUGCGGCCCAUCGAGAACCACAUGAAAGAAAAGGGCGUGGCUAUCCGGGAUGCGUCACAGAAGUGCAAGCAGAAGCAGGACCAGCUGGAUUUUAAGAACAAAGAGAUAGAGGAGAUCCAGCAGGCCGUCAGACUGAAGCAGACGGAGGAGGCGGACCGGCAGAAGCGCAUCGGCAACACGCGCCGCCUGAUCGAGGACCUGCAGGCGCAGCUGCGCGGCACGGAGGCGCAGGAGGACCCCGCGCCGCAGAUCGACGCCGUCAACGCCCAGCUGCGCAGAGCGCAGGAGGAGAGGGCGCAGAGGGAAGGGGAGCUGUCCGACCUGCGCAGGGAGAAGGACGCGCAGACCGGGGAGCUGAUGAUUUUAAGAAAUAAGCUGAGGGGUCUGGAGGACAUGAUGAAGAGGAAGGAGGAGACCCUGAGAGGAAGGUUCCGCGACACGUACGACGCCCUGCUCUGGCUGCGGAGGAACCGGCAGCUCUUCAGAGGGAACGUGCACGAGCCCUUGAUGCUGGUGAUAAACGUCAAAGACCCUCGCCACGCCAAGUACAUUGAGAGCCACGUGCCCCAGAACGACCUGAAGGCCUUCGUCUUUCAGAGGCAGGAGGACAUGGAGGUGUUCAUGACUGAGGUUCGAGACCGCCAGAGGCUGCGCGUGAACGCGGUCAUCGCGCCCGCAGAGUCCUGCGCGAACAGGCCCCCGCCCCGACCCAUUCAGGCCCUGCAGCGCUUUGGCUUUUUCUCCUACCUGCGUGAGCUGUUCGACGCCCCGGAGGACGUGAUGAGCUACCUGUGCCACCAGCACAGAGUCAACGAGAUUCCAGUGGGCACGGAGAAAACCAAGGGCAUGAUCGAAACGGUGAUCAGGGAGUCCCAGUUGAGGAUCCUCUUCACGGCGGAGGAGAAGUACACGGUCAGGAAGUCCGCGUACAGCAGUAAGACCAUCUCCAGUAACUCCGCCCUCCGCCCGUCCCAGUUCCUCUCCAUGACGAUGGACACGGAGGAGAAGCGGCUGCUGGAGGAGAACCUGAGGAGCACCGAGCGGAGGCUGGAGGAAAUCUCCACCCAGAUGACGGCCUUGCAGGAUCGGCUGGUCCAGCUGGAUCGCCAUGACCACGAGCUGAGAGCCCAGAAGAAGCAGCUGUUAGAGCAGAAAGGCAGGAAGAGGCAGCUGGAGCAGAAGAUAAGCACCAAAGAGGACAGCCUGCGGCAGAUGGAGAAGGGUGGCAUUGACCUGCAGCGGGUGGAGCGGGAGGCCAAGGAGAAGAUAAGAGCAGUGAACUCCCGGAAGGUGGCCAUCAUGGCCGAGUUCACUCACCACAUGAAGCUCCGGGCCAGGUUGCAGAUGGAUAAAGUGUAUUAUGCACUGGAGAGCGCGCAGCUGGCUGCAGAGAAGUCUAAACUGGAAUCAGAGUCCAGAGAGUGUGGAGCCCAACUGAAGGAUUUGGAGAGAGCGGUCGCAGAUCUGACUCAGCGUACGGCCCGGCUAAAGCAGACGUGCGAAGGGCUGCUGAAGAAAGCCAAAGACGCCUGCAACAUGGACCAGAGGGACAACGUCGUGCCAGAGCACCUGCACGCGGUGAGCCUCAUACCACAGCGCUUGAAUGCGGCGUUCAACCAGCUCCCCAACACGCUGGACGAGAUCGACGCCCAGCUGAACGAGGAGAGGUCCAGGGCGGACUGCUUCACCGGGCUCAGCGACGCGGUGGUGGAGGAGCACGAGAGGAAGACGCAGGAAAUCGAGCAGCUGAGGCGGGAGCUGGAGGAGAAGAAGGGGAACCUGGAGUCCUACAGGCAGAGCAUCUCUCAGGCGAAGGAGAAGUGGCUGAACCCGCUGAAGCAGCUGAUCGAGCAGAUCAACGAGAAGUUCAGCGAUUUCUUCCACUCCAUGCAGUGUGCCGGCGAAGUGGACCUGCACUCAGAGAACGAAGAGGAGUAUGAUAAGUACGGGAUCCGCAUCCGGGUGAAGUUCCGCAGCAGCAUGCAGCUGCACGAGCUGACGGCGCAUCACCAGAGCGGGGGCGAGCGCAGCGUGUCCACCAUGCUCUACCUCAUGGCCCUGCAGGAGCUCAACCGCUGCCCCUUCCGCGUGGUGGACGAGAUCAACCAGGGUAUGGACCCUGUCAACGAGAGGAGGGUGUUUGACAUCGUGGUCCGAACAGCGUGCAAAGGGACCACCUCCCAGUACUUCUUCAUCACACCCAAGGUGUUGCAGAACCUGUCAUAUGCAGAUGAGAUGACCGUCCAUUGUGUCCACAACGGCUUGCAGAUGCUCCCGCCCAGCAAGUGGAAUCUGGAGGGCUUUAUCCGGCGUGGCAAGCGCAAACACAAACACAUGGCCGACCAAUGACACGCUCAGAGAAAACUCAAACACACGGCCGACCAAUGACACACUCA